CCUUGUGGAGCUCCUUUCGAGGACGGAAGGAGCUGCUACUUGAGAGUCUGGCAAAGUUGGAGGAGAGAGUUAAUAUACCAUGGCCUGCAGAAGCCAGCACACAGGCUUUUCAACAGAGGUUAUGGAUGCUCAAGCAGUUGGAGGAGGAGCUACAGGCCCUACAGCACAGUCAACUGUGGUUGUGGGAAAGAGGAGAACAACUGAUCCACAGAGACUCUGAGCUGGCAUUGGAAGCCCAACGAGAUGUAGCCAUGGUCCAGUCCACCUGGAAGAGAAUCAGGGGGGUUAUUGUGGAGGCCCAUGAUCUGUCUGCAGUGCUGCUGGAUGUCUUAAGGGAAUACCAGACUUCAAGAACCAAGAUCAGCUCUGUCAUAGAGAGAGCUCUUGCCAUCACCGUGGCCCAGUCAGACCCACACAACCCCGAUGACAUCCGCAGAGCUCUGUUACGGCUGGAAGCAGUGAGGCCAGAGUUGGCGGCCACUAAGGAGGACCUGAAUCAGCUCAUUGGUACAGGCAAACGCUUCACUAGUCUGUCAAAGAAGGUUCCAGUGGAAAACCUGCUAAGUGAAAAUAUCACCAGAGAGAUGGAUAACAUUGUAGAUCAGUGGCUUAAUAUCUCUGAGAAGAUGGAUUCAGACACCGGUCUGUUGACUCGCUCUUUUGAGCUGUGGAAUGACAUUAAUAAAAUGGCCAAUGACAUUGAGUGUUGGAGUGCCGUCUCCGUGAGCGAACUCAGUGAAAGAACUGCCAGACUCCUCUCCACGCACAACAUGGAGGAGCACCUCACUGACUUUAAGCUGGAGUUGGAUAUUAAGGAGGAUGAAUUAAAGAUCUUGGAGGAGAAGAUAACAGAACUACAGGAACUGAUGAGUGCCCAGCACAUACACGCUGAGCUACAGGUGCUGGUGGCGGACCUGAAAAAGCAGAUUUGCCAUGCGACGGACGUGUAUGAACAGACCAGAGGCAUGCAUAAAGAUUUCAGCUCUCAGACACAGCAGCUCCAGGAUCUCAUCACCCAGAUAUCAGAACAGCUGAAGACCUCCGAGAACACGCUGUCAGAGUUUUCAACGUCCUCUGACCCUGAGAUUUUGGAUAAGAUUAGGGAGGUUGAGAGGUCCCAGAAGCAGCUGGAGGUGAGUCUGGAUGUAGCAGGUGAAUCUCUUAGGGCCUUGUGCAGGGCUUACCCAACUCAACACCUGACCCUGUUGGGUGAAGGUGUGUCCCGCUUGGUAAAGAGAAAUGAGGAAGUUACACAACACCGCAGGAAGAUUCUUGGCUCCCUUCGGGACACUCUGUUGCAGAGAUUUACCGAGAAAACGCAAUCCUUCCACUGCUGGCUGUCUGAGCUGAAGCCAGGGAUAGAGGACUGUUUUGAGCAAACAGGCGAUGCUCUUUCCAUUUCUUUCAAACAACAGAAGCUCAAGAUUGCCCUAGAUGAAGCCAUGGAGGGCGAGGAGCGCUUGGCCAGGGUGUGUGAGGAAGGAGAGAGACUCCUGUUGCAUUUGACUAAAGGCGGGACUGAAGGUGUACAAGAGCAACUGGAUUCUUGUCAACGUGCCUUGGACACAUUUGUUGUGGAAUGCAAACAGCGCUUGCGGUCCUUGGAAGAAAGUGCAAAGCUAUUGAACGGGUAUGAGACACGUGUGGUGGAUCUGAAUCACUGGCUGCAACAGCUGGAGGAGAGGCUGAAGACAGAUGCUCCUCUGUGGGGUGAGAGUGAGCCAGAAGCCCCUGACUGCUCUGAAGAGCUGAGAAGAGUGGAGGAAAUCCACAGAGAGCUCCUGAUGAGGAGGCCGUCUCUUGAACGUCUAUGUCAGUCGUCUCUCACCCUGACAGAGGGAGGAUCUAGAUCACAUGAUAAUGUAGCAGCCGAGUUGCUCUCCAACCAUGAGACGUUGCUACAGGGGGCCAGGAGUCGAAUCCGCUGCCUACAGGACUACCAGGCAUUCGAGGAGGCGUUAAAAGCAGUGGAGACAUGGUUGCGGGAUGUUGAGGGGAGUUUGGAGAAACUGGAGAACACAGAAGGGAAUAAAAAAGAGGUGGAAGAUAAACUUGAGCGAGCACAGGAUAUCCUGCUUAUGAAGGGCGAGGGCGAGGUGAAGCUCAACAUGGCUGCGGGGAAGGCCGAGCUGAUCAUCAAGAGCAGCGGAGAGGUGGAACGAGGACUGAUCUGCUCUAAGCUCCAGGAAGCUGAAGAUGCUUGGGCAGCACUGCUGCUGGGAGCCAUGAGCUGCCACAGUCGAUUGGAGUGGACAGUCAAUCAGUGGGAUUUAUUCGUGGAGUCUCGUACACAGUUGCAUAGAUGGCUGGAAGAAGUUGGCCAGGAGGUCAAAGGACCCCUGGAGCCUCAGCUCGGGCUGCGCGAGAAACGAAAGCAACUGGAGAGACUGGGCCUGCUGUCAUCUGAUGUUGAGGACCACCAGGGAGCUCUGUGCUAUCUGGAGGAGAGUGCGACUGAACUCUACAAACGCACCGGAGACCCUGUCUUUAAGGAGGAAGAGAUGAUUGUACUCAGGGCCCAGUUUGAAGAUGUCAAAGCUGCAGCUGAGGAGAGAGUCAGGCUGUCAGAGGAUGUUGUUCUCGAUCAUAAGAAGUACAUGGAAACAAUCAGGGAGCUCACUGAUUGGCUUAUGGUUGUAGGGGAGGAGCUUCAGCGGUGCUCUGACCCAUCUGGUCACUCUCCCACCUUAAGUCUGAAGUUGACUGAAGUCCGGGAGCUGCUGGAGCGCGGCGCGUGCGAGGGACGCGAGCGGCUACGGCGCGUGCGGCUGAGCGCGGAGAGAGCCGGAAGGCACACGGCGGCGGCGGGCUGCGAGCUGAUGGAUGGAGAGGUGGCGGCUCUGGCUCGAGCCCUGCACCAGUGGGAGGGAGCAUCGCUACGAGCCCGCGACACCCUGGAGACGGCCGUGGCCGCGGCGACGGGGGCCGAGAGGGAGCAGACGCGGCUGACAGCGCAGUUGGAGGGAGAAAUGGAGAAGCUUGAGGCGCAGUUGAAAGAGUGGAGCGAGGGACUGAGCGGCGCGGAGCGGAGGAACAGCGGCGCUGCUGCGGUGGAGGGAUGGACGGUAGCCAAGGGUGUUUUGGAGGGGCUUCAGGCAGCCGAAGUUAUGGAAGAGAAGCUAAAAGCGCAGCUGAAUGAGCUGUGUGGGUUCUCCGGUGAUCUGGGUCCUCAGUCGGAUAGGGUCAGCGCUCUGAUCAAGCUACACAACAGUCUAAGCCUGCGAGCCUCGCGGGAAUGUCAGAAUAAGGAGAAACUCCUAGAACAACGUUUCCGCUCCUCUCUACACGACUACCGGCAGUGGCUGGUCAAUGCCAAUAUCUCCACUGCCAAAUGCUUCGACUCCCCCCAUAGCAUCCAGGAUGCCUCUGCUGCUCUCCAGAGGAUCCAGGAAUUCAUGAGUGACAGGCAGCAGGGCCAGACCAGACUAAAUGCCGUCCUGACGUACGCGGAGCAGCUUAGCAGCGUUGUGGCUGCGGAGAGGGUUGAAGCCAUCGGGGCCAAAGCAAGUGCAGCCAAAGAUGAUUUGAGGAGCCUAAUGGAGAAUCUACAGAGGAGAGAGACGGCCUUACAGGUUCUGCAGUCUCAGAUGGAGGACUUUGAAGCAAGCGUGGAACCCCUGCAAGACUGGUUGAACAGAACUGAGAUGAGCGUGCAGGAAAGCAGCGCACGUCUUCACGAUCUCCCAGCCAAGAGACAAGAGCUCGCCAAACUUCAGAGGUUGCUGGAAGAGAUGCGCUCCAGAGAGUCUGAACUGGCAGGGCUGAGAGAGAGAGCGCAUGGCCUCUGGGAUGGUCAGGGUGCUGGGAAGAGUUUUGUGCAUCGAGUGUGUCAGCUAGCUGCAUGCUACUUGGCCCUCAGCAACCUGAUUAAGGAGAAGGUGUCCAGGGUAGAACGAGUGGUUGGAGAGCAUCAGCUUUUCUCACAGGGCUUGCAGGAACUUCAGAACUGGGUUUCAGAGUCCCAGCAGGUACUACAGACCUGCAGAUCCCCCACAUCUGACAAGAGUGUCCUCAUUACCAGAAUGGGCCAGCUUGAGACUCUACUGACAGCUUGUCAGGGAAGAGAAAUCCAAUUAAAGAUGCUUAUUACUAAAGGAGAGUCUGUCCAGAGAAACACUUCAGCCGAGGGGGUACCAGUAGUUCGCAAGCAGAUCCAAGACCUCAAAGACUCCUGGGAUUCACUCUUGUCCUCUUCCAUACAAUGCAAAAGCCAGCUGGAAGGAGCCUUGUCACACUGGACCAGCUACCAGGAUGAUGUCAGUCAGUUUGGGACCUGGAUGGAGCGAGUGGAAGAGAGUCUUGGCAACUCAGACAAACACUACGCCGAAAUGAGAGACAAGACUGCGAAUCUGGGCCGUGCCAAGCUCCUCUAUGAAGAAGUUCUCAGCCAUUCCAGCCCCUUACAGACGAUUGCAACCAAGGGUUCCAACAUGGCUGAACACACAGUCACCCAACAGGAGAUUCAGAAACUUAAUGAGAAAUAUGCAGCUAUUAAAGAUAAUGCCAAGGCAUCUGUCAGUAAAGCAGAAGAAUUGGUUCUGCUCCACCAAGAGUACCAGCGCGGACUACACAUGUUUGAAGACUGGCUGGAGCAAGAACAGAGCAGUCUGGCUAGUUUAUCACCUCUGGAUGAAGAUAUCAGUUCUCUGGAGCAUACUUUAAAAGAACUACAGAUUCUCCAGUCUCAUUGUCCAAAGGGACAUAACUUGCUCAGUUCAGUUCUUGCGAGUCGAGAAAGGGUUGUUCCAUGGGGAGCUCCUCAAAUCGAAGAUCGGGCCCUGGAAACAGCACAGACAGAAUGGGAGGGGUACCAGGACCGGCUCGGAGAAACCAAAGUCCAGGUAGAGCAGGCCCUCGCAAGGGUUCAGCGACUAGAGGGUCUUUUUCAAAACCUGGACCAUUGGUUAGUAGACAUGGAGCUCAAAGUUAAAGUAAGAAGCCAUCGUCGCUCUGAUGUCACUGCAAAGGAGACCCAGCUACAGCAGUUGAAGCGAUGGCAGAUUGAAGCGGCUCAGCGUCAGGCUGAGGUGGAGGGUCUAAGCGCUCUUGCACAGCAGGUCGUAGAGGAUGCUCAUGUCAGUGGUCGGAUCAGUACCAGGGUUACACAACUCACUACGCGCUAUCAUGCUUUGCUACUACAGAUACAGGAGACCCUCAGACAACUCCAGGAGGAGACGCAGAGCAUCACAGAGGCGCAGACUGCUUUCAGGACCUUCUCUGAUUGGCUGACUGGCGCGAGGAAGAAUAUCAAAAUUUUUACAGAGAAAAAUGAAGCUCUUGACCGUGUUACCAUGGAAAAGAAGAUGAAGAGGCUGGAGUCUCUACAGGGAGAUAUGGAUCACGGUCACAGCCUUCUGAAAACGCUUCGGGAACGUUCAGAACAGGCGGUACCCUUUCUGGAUGACCCCGGAGCAUCAAAGCUGGAGAGGGAUGUGCAGACGGGCAGAUCACAACUUGAAAAGCUUACGCUGGGGCUACAAGAAGAACACGCGACCCUUGAAAGGAGAAUUGUGCUUUAUAAAGAUUUUCAAGAACGCUACAAGAGUCAAAUGCAGUGGCUUAGGGAGACUCGGGGUCUGCUCAGCUCCACUGUUGAACCCAGAGCAGAACUAUACCAGAGAAAAGCACAGCUGACCAAGUACAAGGCCGUGGAGCAGAUGUUGCUGUCUCGUGAUUCAGCCGUGAGCUUCGUUCUAGAGAAAGGGGAAACCUUGCUGACGCUGUUGCACUCCCCGUCUAUCACAGACAAUUUGACCAGAUUGCAGACGGACUAUCAGGAGCUGUGCUUCUCAGCACGGACCCAUGUUCAAAGACUGGAGGGGCAGGUGAAGAAACAGGAAGCGUACCACAAAGAGCUUCAGGAAAUCGAGCGCUGGCUACUGCAGAUGUCCAGCAGGAUGGUGACACCUGACCCAUCAUCGAGCGGCGGUCUGGAAGCUGCAACUCAGCAGCUGGCCACACAUAAGGCUAUUAUGGAGGAGAUUGCGGGCUUUGAGGAGCGUCUGGCUGCGCUGAAGGACAAUGGAGAGGAGCUGUUGUCCGGCUGCAGCGAGCGCCUCCAGGCUCGACUUCGCCAGCAAAUUCAGAAUCACCAGCAGGGAGCAAAAGACAGCUACUCUGCCAUCUGCAGCACUGCCCAGCGUGUGUAUCAGAGUUUGGAUCGGGAACUGCAGAAGCAUGUCAGUGAGCGGGAUACUUUGCAGCAGUGUCAGACGUGGCUUUCAAAUGUGCAGGAGGAGAUGCAACUUCCAGUGCAUGCACCACACUGCCUACAGGAGGCCCUGGCACAGAUGAAGCAGGAUCGAACUCUACAGGAGCAGGCUAGUACAUACUUGCAGCUGGUGUGCUCCACUUGUGAUCUGUCAGAUGGGAAGGUACGAGAGACUGCCGCUGAGAUACAGGAGGUCAAACUUCAGAUCGAGGAGAAGAUGCUGGAAUCUCAAGAUCUUGCAGAUAGCUGGAAAGAGAUCAAGGACAUGCGCUCUAACCUUGAAUGCCGUCUCCUUGAGUCAGAACAACUCCUCCAGAGCAUGUUGAGAAGGCCAGCUGAGCUAGAGCCAAAAGUUGCCCAGAACCAACUGGACCAGGCACAGGACUUUAUUCAGGAGAUGCGAGCCAGGCAGGUUGAGCUGACCCAGUUGAGAGAAAGCAUUAAUAGGCUAACGGCUGGUCAGGAGUCCCCUGAGCUUCUGGAAGUCGGGCGUCUGCGUUGCGCUUGGCUGGAUCUGGGCAGACAGGCUGCGCAGCUGCUGGAGCAGAAAGAAGAGGAUCUGCAGAGGAGCGGGGACUAUCAUGACUGCAUUUGUAUGGUGGAGGAGUUGUUUGACCAGCUGUCCAAGAAAUGGGAUCAAUUAGCCAGGGGAGACAUUGAGAGCACCGCCGAGUGUCUGGAUGCUUUAAAGAAGUUAUCCACAGACCUACAGGACCAAAGAUGUGUCCUUGAUGACCUCAGAAAUAAUAGACAUGGGAUCCUACCUCGUCUGAGCUUGGAGGACAGAGACCUUGUAAAAGAGCAGGUGGGUUACCUGGAGCAACGGUGGACCCAGGUGGAAACACUUGUCCAACAGAAAAUCCAAGAUUCGACCCAAAUGCUACAAGAAGUCAGUCAAAUUGAGGACCAUCUGCGAGAGGCUCAAGAAUGGGCAGAGCUACAUCAGCCAGCCCUCUCUGAGGUGCUUAAGACCAGCCCCCCUCCAGAUUUGGCUCAAAGCUUUCUGUUUGAUCACUUGAGCUUCUGCGGAGAACUGGAGGCCAAGCAGAAGCUCGUGGCAGAGGCAAAGCAGAAGCUUGUGGCAGAGGCUGUGACUGAUUCCAACAGCCUGUCCUCACGUCUAGGUCUCCAUGAAAGACGUAAACUGCAGACGUUGGUCCAGGAAGCUCAGGCAGAGGUGGAAGCACUUGCAACGAAGGCAGCCCGAUAUCGUAAAAGCCUCAGUAAGGUGUUUACAGAACGGACACAGUUCCUCCAAGCCCUCGAUAGGGCAACCGAAUGGAUCAAAAAGCAGGAGCAAAGGGCACUUGCUGGUGAUCAUGUGGCACUUUUACCAAUUGUACUGAACAAGCAGGUGUCCACCUGUAAGAAUUUUACCAGCAGCCUAAGAGCGUAUCAGGUAGAGCUGACGUCACUUUGGACACAGGGAAGAGAAUUGGUGAAGGAUGCUACAGAGGAGGAAAAGAAGGAGACCCUUCGGAAGCUGGAGGAGUUACAAGUCAUUUUUGACAGCUCCUUGCAAAAGAGCAAUGAAGAUCUACAACACCUGGAGAAAGCGCUGGUUAUCCGGAAGUACUUCCAGGUGGACUUGGAUAGGAUUUGUGAAUGGCUAAAACAGGCAGAAGUAGCCACAUUUCCAAUUAUUGAUCUGAGCGGGAAUGAUGACGCCCUUCAGAACCUUUUGACCAAGUAUCAGCAGCUCCUAGACUGUGCUUCGGAGUAUGAGAACCUUUUGCUCAUUGUCCAGAGGGCAGGACAGGAGAUUCUUCCCAGCUUAAAUGAGGUGGACCACUGCUACCUUGAUGAGAAACUCAAUGGUCUGCCGCAACAGUACAAUGACAUGCUGUUGUUGAUCAGAGAGAAACGUGAUAGGAUUCAACAAGUGCUUGUGGAGCGGAGGGAGUUCGAAUCCCUCAUCGAUGUUACACGAAAAGCUUUGGAAGAACUCCAGGAGAAGUGUGAUGCUUUGGAGAAUGAGUCAGCAAAUCAAAGUCUUGAAGAGGGAAAAAAGUUGCAUUGCAGUUAUGAAGAUCUCCUGAAUGGUCUUGGAAACCUCUUUCAGGGAUUAAAAGAUCUAAGGGGUAAAACUCAGAAUUUUCUUAGCAUGGGUCAGCCGUAUACACCUGAAGUCAUUGACCAGCUAGUUGACCUUCACAGAAAACUCAACCAGCAGAUUGAAUAUAAAAUCAAAGAAUUACAGAAAACAUUAAAAUUAUUAGACAAUCAUAGUGGAAUUGUUGAAAAAAUGGAUAAUAGCAUCACCACAUUGAAGGAACAGCUUGACAACCUUGACUCGGAGGUGGAAUCGGAUGCCAUGGAAAGAUUAUCAACACUUUUCAGCCUAUCAAAAAUUCUUGAAGAAAUUCAUUCCUAUCCAGAGCGUCUCACAGUACAAACAGAAGACCUCACCCAACACUUGCACUCAGAGACCCUUAAGACUCAGGUUAUUUUCAGGAAGAAACAACUUCUUACCUUACAGCAAAGACUUGAUACACACAUUAAAGACUGUGAGAAGUGUGUUAUGGCAAAUAAGGAUUUUCAAACUGAUCUGAGAGUUUUAAUAGACUGGCUUAGGAAUCUUAGGGAUCGACUAAAAAGUCCUUCAAUGUUUAAAGAAGCAAAAAUCGAGCUUGUGCAGGAGGAGGUCAGGUCACUUUUGACACUUCAAGAAGAAAUGAAAUCUAGGCUUAGGGUGUUGGAUGCUGUGUCUUGUGAGGAGAAACAGAAGUACAUCAAUAAUCAACACCCGAUUCCCAAAUUCUUGGAAACUGCUUUGAAGGAUAUUACAGAACUGAAGGCUGACAUUCAACAAGCUUUUAAUACCAAACAGGUGGCGUUGCAGUCCUUUCUGUUCCUGCUUCAGAAGUACCAGCAUGCCUUGCGGUGUAACCAGCAGUGGUUUGAGGAUGCCGGUGCUCUGCAAGAGCAGGUCCCUUGUGAAGUUGACCUGGAGAGACUCCCAAACUGUCUCAAUGACUUCGAAAAACUGAAAGCAAAGGAACAGACUUUGGAGAACAUGGUCGAGGAAAUGCAGGCUGUAAUCCUUCAAAUGAAUGACUUUUUGAGCCCUACUGUAGUGAAACAAAUCAAGACAUAUUUUGAGGAGUCUCAUCAUAAGGCCAGAGAGAUCCUCGAGCAGCUAAAAGAUCAUCAAGACUGCUUACAACGAUACAUAGCUCAGUCGAGGUCCAUCCAGGAAGAGGUAGAUGAAGUUAUAAAUCAGAUGAGUGAUGUUGGGAAGAGGAUGCAGGAGUUUAGGACGGCCAAUGCAAACUCUGUUCAGGAGGCUGAAGACAAGCUCUGUUUGUACCAGGAAAUUGUGUCACAGGUUGAGGGUUUUGAGGACAAACUUAAGAGACUGAAAACACAAGAAACGCAAUUUGAUCAGCUUGCCAUAAAUGACACUGUUACUCAGUCAGUUUGUUCAUUAGGACAACGGUGGAAUCAUCUGUGUAGUGUUGCUAAAGCUCAGGAAAAAGUCCUGAAGGAUUCUGCACAUAACUGGAGAUGCACCAUUGAGAAGCUGGAGAAAAUGCGAACUGUGUCUGAGGACCUGCACAGCCGUGUUCCGGACAGCAUGGUGGAAAAAGCCUCCAGCAUGGCCUCCCUGCAGAGUCUGCUGGAAUAUCAUGACUCCUUUAGCAGAGAGGUGGAGAGAGAGAGCAGUGCCCUGACCCUCCUCAGACACCAUGUGCUAAGCCUCUUCCUCCAUCCUCACCCCACACCCAACCAACAUGACCAAGAGACUCCUUGUCUGCAAGAGAUUCAGAGCAUUCAGGAGAAAUAUGACAAUCUGUUGCAGCUGGUGUUUGCCAGCAGACAGCAGGUGCAGGUAGAGCUGCUGGAGCGAGAGGAGGUGGUGAGGGAGCUGGGACUGCUGAAGGGUUGGAUUCAGGACACUCAGGGAAUGCUACUGAGCCCCACUACAGACCUGGAUACACUAUUCACUGACCUGGAGUCGGCUCAUGAAGGCAUGCAGUCUCACCGGCAGACCCUGGAGCAGAUUGCAGAUCGUCAGCAGAUAAAGUACCAAGACCUCCAUGCUACCCUUCCUUCUGAGAUCUGCACCCAGCUGGCAGAGGUCACACUGGCACUGGGUUCAGCAGAAGAUCAGGUGCAGGCACGGGAGAGAGAGGUCCAGCACAGCAGAGAUAUUAAAGAAGACAUCAACUCCAGACUUCAGGAUAUCGCAAAGAAAGUCAAGCUCAUCUCUCUGAAACUCAAGGAGAAGGCUGUGGAUGUUGAGGAGGCUAAAGAGGAGACAGAAACUCUUUUUGAGGAGUUGCAGGAGUGUGGUCGUGCCCUGUCGGAGCUGGAUGUUGCGGUGCAGGAGUUUGGGGAGCAGAAUCCUCUGCUGGCCAAGCAGCUAAGCUUCAGUCUCAGCAAACUGCAUGAGCUUCACGUUCAGAUCAGCAGGCUGGCAGAGGAAAAGACCAAGAGCCUUCUGAAGGCAGAGAAAAACUUUGAAGAAUUCAACGAAAUGCUGACGUUGACUCUCAACUGGACUGAGAAAGCAGAAACUGUGGUCUCAGCCAAGCUCAUGUGGAGUCCAGCUGCUCAGAUGCAGGAGCAAAUCAGAACCCACCAGGCUUUAUUGCAGGAGUGGCGAGAGCUUCAGGGAGAGUUUGAGGGUCUGUUGGAGAGGGUGGGACUGCUGGGAGAAGUCAUCCAGACAGAUGCUCUUCACCAGCAGGUGGCAGAACUGAGCCGACAUGCUGAAGAGCUGCAGCAGACAUCCAAAACAAGACUACUGACCCUACAGGACGCAGCCAAAGACCUGGGGAGACUGGAAAGUGAUGUUAAAAGCCUCCAUCUGUCUUUAGAGAGAGUCCAGGAGACACUGGUCUCCCCUGAUCUGGCUCGCCUCAGCCUCAGGGAACAGCUGGCUCAGAGACAGAUCCUGUUGUCUGAUAUGGAGGGUCUCAAGCAGCAGGUGCAAGCCAUGCAGAUGUGUCAGAGCGCCCUCCGGCUGCCAGAGGAGGUCAUGGCAACAUUACCGCUCUGUGUUACUGCGCAAAGUCUGCAGCAAGAAAGCAGUCAACUCCAACACAACACGAUUCAACAGUGCAAUAUACUACAGGAGGCCAUGGUGCAGUAUGAGCAGUAUGAACAGGAAGUGAAGAACCUACAGAGACUUAUUGAGGAGGCACAUCGUGUUAUUCAGGACCGCCCUGUUGCCACAGGAAACAUACAGGAGCUUCAAACACAGAUACAACAUCAUGAGGAACUGGCCCGGAAGAUAAAGGGCUACCAGGAGCAGAUCUCGGCAUUGAACUCCAAGUGCAAGAUGUUGACCGUUAAAGCCAAACACGCUACCAUGCUGCUGAUGGUCAGCGAGGUUGACGGCCUCUCCGACGGCUUGGAAGAGCUGGAGGAUGAGGAGGAGGAGAUGCCCAAACACCCACCCGCACACCCCUCUGUUGUCAUGAUGACAGCCGGCCGUUGUCAUACUCUACUCUCCCCGGUAACAGAGGAGUCCGGUGAGGAGGGCACCAACAGUGAGGUCUCCUCUCCCCUGGGCUGCAGAUCCCCCUCACCCGGGCCUAACGCUGACACUUCUCAGAUUUCAGGUCGAGCCCCUCUUAGCAGAGCUCCUCUACAGGAGCUGUAUGACCCAUCCAUGGAGUCGUCGGCCUCGGACAACCUGGACGACCUUCAGCGCUCAUGGGAGACUUUGAAGAACGUGAUCAGUGAGAAGCAGAGGAGUCUUUAUGAAGCUCUGGAGAGACAGCAGCAUUAUCAGGAGACCCUGCAGUCUGUCUCGACAAAGAUGGAGUCCAUCGAAACGGCACUAAAUGAGGGGUUAGAGCCAAGCAAGAGCCCAGAGAGCCAGAUGGCCGCCCACCAGGCUCUGAUGGAUGAGAUCCUGAUGCUUCAGGAUGAGAUCAUUGCGAUUCAGGCCUCUUUUUCUCAGGAGCUGCAGAUGGAUGAGGAGAGUUUAGAGGCAGAUACUGGCGACCAGCUGGCCCUUCAGUCUACUCUCACUGUACUGGGAGAGCGGAUGGCAACCAUCCACAUGAAGGCCUCCGGCAAGCGGCAGCUUCUGGAGGAGCGCUUGAGUGAGCAGUUAGAGGAACAGCGUCAGGAACAAGCGCUGCAGCGUUACCAUAGCGAAGCAGAGGAGCUUGACAACUGGCUGCUGAGCACACGAGCCACACUAAGCUCCACCCUACAGCCACACCCACAGGAUAUGGACAUGGAGGAGCAGCUGAUUGACUGCCAGAACAUGUUACUAGAGAUCGAGCAGAAGGUGUUGUGUCUGUCUGAGCUGUCAGUACACAGUGAGAGUUUACUCAUGGAGGGGAAAGGCGGUACACGGAGCGAUGCUGAGCAGCUUUCCUUCAAACUGUACAGCCUUAAAUCCAGCCUGCUGGAGCUACAGAGAAUCCUACAGGACAAACAGACCCACAUACAGGGGUCACUACAGGAGCGAGAUAUUGAAUCAGACUCGUCUCUGUCUCAGAGCCCCAAUAUGAUGGACUGGCUCAGUCAAGCACGAUCCACACGCAACCAGCAGCACCAAGACACAGUCCAAAGACAGAAGGAGUUGGAGGAGCAGCUCGGCGAACAGAAGAGGUUACUCCAGUCUGUAGCAUGUAGAGGAGAGGAGAUUAUAUCAAAGAGAACAACAGCGAAUGGAGAGUGUUCUCCCACAGAUCAAUCAGAACUGGAUGAUGAUCACUGGCCUGAGAACAUGAGCUCAAAGGAUCAGAUGAGAGUCAGAUGGGAGAACAUGAGCAAAGACCUCAGCAACAAACUCAAGCUUUCACUCAACACGAUGGAGCAGGUGUACCAGCCAGUGUCCAGCCCUUGUGGGGUUUUCAGAGGUGAACCAAUGACAGAGGACAUCCUGUCACCCAGAAGUCUGUUUGAAGGAUUCAACCAAGAGCUGGAGGACCUGCCUCAGGAAGGGGGCGCUGACAGCAAGCGUGUUCAUGCUCUUGAGAAUGUUCUUUAUGAGGCUGUGUCAUCAGCUUCCUCAUGGCUGGAUGGUGCUGAGAAUGAGCUCAUAUCUGGUCCAAUGCUACUAUCCGAUGACUCAGAAACUCACUUGGGCCAUUUAGAGGGUUUGAGUAAGGAAGUAAAGAAUAUCAACGAGGAGGUGUGUAGAAGUCUAGAGGUGCUUGGAAGAAAAGAGCGGCUUUGGGAUGAAGGUGAAGGAGAUGUUUUAGUUGAGGAGGUGUUAGAUGGUUUAGAGGGAAGACUGAAGCUGAUGAAUUCAGUGUUGGAGGAGCGAUGUGACAAUAUGAAAGAAAAGUUGCAGGAACUCAACGCUUUCCAGACCGAUUUGAGGCUCCUGCUCACUGCGCUUAGCGAUUCAAAGUUCCAGCUUUCCCAGAAAAUGAACGCAGCGAUGGAUCGGCCCGCCUCCAAACAGAUGGAGAUUCUAGCUGAAGCGGAGGACAGUCUGAGGGAGUUUGAGCAGAAAGUUUCUGAGAUGAAAAGUAGAGGAGAGACACUGCAGCCUAACCAGCUGUGCACUCAAGAGCUGCUGAAACUACAGGAUGCUUAUGAAGAGCUGGUGGAGAUGGUGGGCUCUAAGCGAAGCGGUCUAAACCAGACGUUGGUUCUAAAGGCUCAGUAUGAGAGAGCUCUGCAGGACCUGAUAGAUCUGGUAGACACAGCCCAGGACAAAAUGGCAGCAGAUCAGAAGAUGAAAGUGAGCUCUGUGAUUGAGGUUCAGAUCCUUUUAGAUAAACACAAGGAGUUUUUCCAGGGGUUGGAGACACAUGUCGUGCUGACACAGGCCUUCUUCAGGCAGGUCAGUGGGUUGGUGGUGCAAAGAGAGGUUCAAAGCCUUGAUGAAACUGUCACCCAGGCUCAGUCUGUACUAAAACAGGCCCAUAAACGAGGAGUGGAGCUGGAGAGCAUCCUGGAGUGGUGGCGGAAUUUGGCAGCUGAUUAUCAAGACCUGUACAAGCAGCUGGAGGCUGUAGAGAGUGGCAUCCCCAACGUGGGCCUGGUGGAAGAGACAGAAGACAGAAUGAGAGAGAGAAUCACUCUGUACCAGCGUCUGAAGUCCAGUCUGUCUGAGCGGCAGCAGCAGUUGUACAAGUUGUUGGAUGAUGAAAAGAGGCUUCUCUUACAUGUGUCCUGCUCAGAACUGGAGACUCAACUCAACCAGCUGGGAGACCACUGGCUCAGUACCACAACUAAGAUUAAUAAAGAGCUACAGCGUCUGGACUCCACCCUUAAACACUGGAUCAGGUACCAAAGUGAGUCGGCUGAGCUUAGGCAGUGGCUGAGUUCAGCACUAGACCGUCUGGAGUUCUGGAGCACUCAGUCCGUUACAGUUCCUCAAGAGCUGGAAACUGUAAGAGAUCAUCUUCAUGCAUUCCUGGAGUUCUCCAAGGAGGUGGAUGCCAAGUCGUCUUUGCGUGCCUCAGUUCAGAGCCAAGGAAACCAGCUUCUCCGGUUAAAGAAAGUGGACACGGCAACACUCCGGGCAAAUUUGGCCCAGAUAGAAACGCAAUGGGCUGAUCUUCUCGCACGUAUCCCAGUAGUCCAGGAGAAGCUCCACCAGCUGCAGAUGGAGAAGCUGCCGUCCCGUCAUGCAAUAACUGAACUCAUGAGCUGGAUAUCCCUCAUGGAGAACAUAAUCAAAGAAGAUGAACAGAAGAUCAUUGGGGCAGUGGGAUCAGAAGUUGUGCAAAUGUAUCUUCAGAAAUACAAGGGUUUUCAGAUUGACCUGUCAUGCAAGCAACUGACGGUGGACUUUGUGAAUCAGUCGGUUCUGCAGAUCAGCAGUCAGGAUGUGGAAGGGAAGCGCAGUGACAAAACAGACUUUGCUGAACGUCUUGGGGCCAUGAACCGGCGCUGGCAUAUAUUGCAGGGACGUGUUACAGAAAAGAUUCAGGUUUUAGAGGGUCUUCUCGGAAGCUGGUUGGAGUAUGAAAGCGUGGUCCAGACCUUGACAACUUGGUUCAGUGUACAGGAAGAGAAAUUGAAGAAGAAACACAGGAUUGAAGAUGUUUCCUCAGCCCAGAAUGCACUCAAGGACUGUCAGGAAAUGGAAGUGUUAGUUAAAGAGAAAGAGAAGGAUCUGGAGAAGGGUGAAGAGAAAGGAUGCUUACUUAUCCAGGACAAGACUGGGGAGACCGGCUCUGUCAUUAAGGAGACUAUAAAAAGGCUCAACCAGUCCUGGGCCAAUCUAGGUCACAUGGUCGGUCAGCAGACGGUCAGUCUUCGGUCUAUCCUGGAGCAGUGGAGUGUGUAUAAACAAGCGUACGAUGAGAUUCAGGGUUACCUGAUGGAGGGGCGUUACACUAUUUCUCGCCUGCGCCUCCUCACCGGCUCCCCAGAGGCUGUGCAGGUUCAAGUGGAGAAUCUUGAGAGUUUACAAGAUGAGCUUGAGAAACAGGAAAGCAGUUUACGAAAAUUCGGCUCCAUAACACAACAGCUGUUAAAGGACUCCCAUCCUUCAGUGACUGAAUCACUCAAAACAGCACUUGGUGAUGUCAACCUGAGGUGGAACACACUACUGGAGCAGAUCUCAGAUCAGCUGAGGAACAGUAAAAACCUUCUGCAGCUGUGGCAACAUUAUAAAGCUCUUCAUACUCAAAGCAACACCGACAUCCAGAAACUAGAGGAACAGGUGGAACAUCUACUCAGGAGCGCCACCAACAGGGACAUCACUGAACAGGAGGUGAAGAUCUGGUUGCAUCAAUGCAUGGAGCUGAUGAAGGCCGAGGGAUCCUCGGAGUCUGGUCUCCAGCAGCUGAACACGUUUACAGGGCAGCUGAGACAGCAGGUGGACCCCUCUGCCAUGACUACCUUCCAUACAGACCACCUGUCACUCACUGAGCGCUUGGCAACGGUUGGACACGCCCUCCAAAGACAGCAGUCUCUCUUAGAGGCGGGUUUUAAGGACUAUGAGAGGUUUAAUGAGGAGUUAUAUUCUCUGAGUCACUGGGCAGAAGAAGCAGAGAAGGUUCUGAAGGAACCAGACCCAGCUGAAUCCCCUGAUAUAAUAACUGUGCAGCAACACAUGGAAAAACUUAAGGGGCAAAUGUUGAAGCUGAGCAGUCUUUCUCCUGAUCUUGAGCGCUUGAAUCAGUUAGGUUAUCAGCUUCCCCUCAAUGAUAAUGAAAUCAAGCGACUUCAGAACCUCAACAGGAGCUGGUCUUCUAACUCUGCACGUACAAUAGAGAGAUUCAGUAAACUCCAAGCCCAGGUCCUGCAAAGACAGACCUACUUGGAGAAGUGUGAUGCUUGGCUAAGCUUCCUCAGUCAAACCGAGGAGAAGCUGGGCGCUGAGAUUUCUGGGAACUACCAGAGCUUGUUAGAACAGCAGAGAGAACAUGAGUUGUUCCAAGCAGAAAUGUUCAGUCGACAACAGAUUCUCUCCUCUAUCAUCAGUGAUGGACAUCAGCUAUUAAAUGAGGGACAGGUGGAAGACAGGGAUGACUUUGGUCUGAAACUUGCACUGCUUAGUAACCAGUGGCAAGGUGUGGUGAGGCGGGCCCAGCAAAGACGUGGGAUUAUUGACAGUCUUGUUCGCCAAUGGCAGCGAUACACAGAGCUGAUAGGAAAGCUACGUCAUUGGCUGCAAGAGAUAUCAGUUGAAUCAGAAGAUCAACAGCAGGGGCCAACGGUCGCACUACAGCAGAUCCGAGGAUUGUUGGAUCACAUACAGCUGAAGGAGCGUGUGCUUCAGAGGCAGCAGGGCAGCUAUAUCUUAACAGUUGAGGCUGGGAGGCAGUUACUCCUGUGGGCAGAUGCCAAGGCGGAGGCCUUACUUCACACUGACCUCACUGAUGUACAGGAGUGCUGGAGGACCGCUAACAUUCGCCUCGAUGAGAGAAAGAAAGAACUGCUGUCUUUGCUAAGAGACUGGGAGCAGUGUGAGAAAGGUAUUGCUGCAUCACACGAGAAGCUAAGAGGUUUUAAGCAGAAGCUCUCUGUGCCUUUACCCGAUCACCAUGAGGACCUGCACACCGAACAGAUCCGCUGCAAGGAGCUAGAGGGCAGUAUUGAAGGCUGGGCUGAUGAUGUAGCCGGGCUGUUUAUACUGAGAGAGUCUCUCUCCACUGGCCUCAGUGCUGAUGACCUCACAGUCUUACAGGAGAGACUGGCAUUACUGCAGAGACAGUGGGAGGAGACCUGUCACCAGCUGUGUCUGCGCAGACAGCAGGUCAGUGAGAGACUAAACGAAUGGGCCGUGUUCAAUGAGAAGAAUAAAGAGCUGUGCGAGUGGCUCACCCACAUGGAGAGUAAAGUCUCGCAGAACGGAGACAUCAGGAUUGAGGAGAUGAUCGAGAAACUCAGAAAGGACUAUCAAGAAGAGAUCUCAGUGGCCAAGGAGAACAAACAUCAGCUGGAGCAGAUGGGGGAGAGACUGGCUCAGGCCAGCCAUGAAAGCAAAGCUGCAGAAAUCCAAUACAAACUCAGCAAAGUCAAUGAGCGCUGGCAGCAUCUUCUUGACCUCAUAGCAGCUCGGGUAAAGAAGUUAAAAGAGACUCUGGUGGCCGUGCAGCAGCUAGAUAAGAACAUGAACAGUCUGCGUUCCUGGCUGGCACACAUCGAGACUGAACUCUCACGACCCAUCGUCUACGAGACCUGCGACUCUCAUGAGAUCCAAAGAAAACUCUGCCAGCAGCAGGAUCUGCAGAGGGACAUUGAGAAGCACAGCACAGGUGUGGCGUCCGUGCUGAAUCUGUGUGAGGUGUUAUUGCACGACUGUGACGCCUGUGCCACAGAGACGGACUGUGAAUCCAUCCAGCAAGCCACACGUAGCCUGGACCGUCGUUGGAGGAACAUCUGUGCAAACGCCAUGGAGAGGAGGCUCAAAAUUGAGGAGACGUGGAGAUUGUGGCAGAAGUUUCUGGAGGAUUACUCUCGUUUCGAAGAGUGGCUGAAGGUAUCUGAAAGGACAGCGGCUCUACCCAACUCCUCUGGGGUGCUGUACACCGUCGCUAAAGAAGAGCUCAAGAAGUUUGAGGCAUUUCAGAGACAGGUGCAGGAGUGUCUGACCCAGCUGGAGCUCAUCAAUAAGCAGUACAGACGACUGGCUCGUGAGAACCGCACAGAUUCAUCCUGCCGACUGCGACAAAUGGUGCACGAUGGAAACCGACGCUGGGACAUUCUACAAAGAAGAGUAGCCGCCAUCUUGCGCAGACUUAAGCAUUUCAUCAGUCAGCGAGAGGAGUUUGAGACAGCCAGAGAUGGUGUUCUGGUUUGGUUGACUGAAAUGGACCUGCAGCUCACUAAUAUAGAGCAUUUCUCAGAGUGUGACGUUCAGGCCAAGAUCAAACAACUAAAGGCAUUCCAGCAGGAGAUCAGUCUGAACAUGGGGAAGAUGGAGAGCGUGUUUGGUCAGGGUGAGAUGCUGAUGGAGAAGAGUGAACCUCUGGAUGCUGCUGUCAUAGAGGAGGAGCUGGAUGAGCUGCAGAGAUACUGUAAGGAGGUGUUUGGUCGGGUGGAGCGCUACUACAAGAAACUCACACGCCUGCCGCUGGUCGAUGACGAGUUUGACGGCUCAGAUCAGGAAUUCGAGUCAGGUGACUUCUCAGACCUUCAGUGGGCUGAGGAUGCCAUCCCUCAUUCAUCCAGCAGACCACCCUCAGAUACCACCGCUCCUGCCCGCAUGAACGGCUCAGGACGGGACACUCCCGCCAGUGUAGAUUCCAUCCCGCUGGAAUGGGACCACGACUACGAUCUUGACCCCAUGGGCCAUAACAUGUCUGGAGAACAGGGAGGACAAAACAAAGACGAAGAUGAAGAGUUAUUGUGUAUCACCACUUCAACUCUUUCAGACGUAGUGAUUCCUGAGAGCCCCGAGGCUUAUAUAAAAAUAACAGAAAACACAUUGAGGUCCUCCUCUGGUGAAACAGCCCGAUUAUUAAAUAAUAUGCUGGACACCAACCGUUACAGUCACCAGCAGGCAGAUGGCGCUAUGUGUGGCCAUGACACCUCCUACAUGGGAUAUAUGCGGUUAAUGGAUGACUGCCGGGGCAGUCUGAAAGAGGUAAAAAGGAUUGAAGGAGAGCUGGAGGAGGAUGUUGACAAUCUGUCCGGAAUCAGCAACCCUGAUAACUCAGAAACACAGAGUGCAGGUGUGAUUGAGCGUUGGGAGCUGAUCCAGGCCCAGACUGCCGACGCAGAUCACAGACAGACAGAAGACCUGAUGCUAUUGCAACAGCUGACCUCUGACCUGAGCGCCAUGGAGGCGUGGCUCAGCCAAGCUGAGGCGGAGUUAGCAGAGCUGAGGGGGAGAGAUCUCAGUACAGAGAUACAUACCAUUGAACAGAGAAUUCGAAAAUUAAGGGACCUGCUGAAGGCCAUGGAUUCCCAUAAAUCGAAAGUUUUGUCCAUCAACUUAAGUAGCGUUGCACUCCUUCAGUCCGAUUCUAAGGAGGGUCGGGACCUGAAAGCCAGACUAAAAGAGAUGAACUCAUCCUGGGAUCGACUGGGAAAAUCACUCAAGGAGUGGAGAACUGCUCUCCAAGAUGCUCUGAUGCAAUGCCAGGAAUUCCAUGAGGUGAGCCAUGGUCUUCUUCUCUGGCUGGAGAACAUUGACCGCCGGAGGAAUGAGAUCGUCCCAAUCGCAUCAGGGCUAGAUCGGCAUACAUUAAGGGCUCAUUACAGAGCACUGAAGCAAAUCCAACGAGAGCUGAUGGACACUGAGCAGAAAGUGGACAGUCUGCAGGACCUGUCAGUUCAGCUGCUGGUACAGGCGCGUGGAAGUGAGUGUCUGGAGGCCCAGGAGAGGGUUCAUGUCAUCGGGAACCGCCUGCAACUGCUUUUGAAGGCUGUGAGCACCGACCUGGAGCUGCUAGAAAAGCAACUCCAGUCUCAUGUGGACAAACAGGAUGCGUCUGUCUGGUCUGUUACGGACGACAAUAAUACUUCUGCAUCAGUCAGUUCUGUUCCAGAGGUCUCCGUUUCCAAUAAACAACAAUCGCUACGAGGCAAAUGUAGUGUGUCAGAACCAGGAUCCAGAGCCAGACAUCCUCGCCACAGGUUACCCAGCGGUUCUGGAUGCGUUGCAUCUCGCUCUGGUUCCUCCCGGCCACGAGGUGGCGCUGCUGUGGCUCGCUGCCAGCCCUUUCUGCUGCGAGUGCUCCGGGCAGCACUGCCGCUACAGCUGUUACUCCUGCUCAUAGUGGGCCUGACCUGUCUGGUUCCCAUGACUGAGGAAGAUUACAGUUGUGCUCAUGCGAACAACUUCGCCCGAUCUUUCCACCCCAUGCUCCGCUAUACCAACGGCCCUCCGCCUGUAUGAGCAGGACAAGACUUUACGAAUGCCUUUAAUAUUUAUUAUUAUAUUCAGAGUUACUGCAGGGGCAGGACACUAAAUGGACUUGUGUUAGCCAAAGUGGAUUUUUCCCUGUCCCUGUACAGUUGGAUACUGCUGCUAAUUUCAUUUUUUCUCAUUCAGUAUACCGUGUAUCACUAUUGAGAUCAUUGCAAUGUAGACUAGUGUUGGACAUCUGUAGUUUGGGGUAAAAUCAUAGAUUACAGCCAAACUGGUGAAUCUCUUCUGUCCCAAAGAAACAGAAGAAAAACUAUGAAAGCAUAAAUAUCUACUUAAUAGCACUGACAUAAGCGUAAGGUACUGCACUUAUACCGUCCACGAAAAAAGCCAAAUUCUUUUGCAUAGACUAAAAAGUGUUUUGUUUUAUUUUUUUAUUAUUUAAGAUUAAAAUAGUAGAAAAAUGUUAUUUUCAGUAUUAUUUAUGGCAUGGCAAUUCAUCUUUUUAUUUUAUGGCAUGGAGUUUGCAAGUUUAUUUUCCACAAAUGCGAAACAAUCACUGAUAGGUGUAUAUCUAUAGAGAUGUGUGCUUUUUACUGAUUGAUAUCUACUUACUAUAUUUUUAAUUUGUGUUGACAAUGUGACAAAACAUUAAUUAUGAUUACAAUGUCAAUGCCUAUUUAUGUAUGUACAGUUUGCUAAUGCUGACAAUAAAAAACACAUCCUUUCAUUUGA